UGUUAUCAGUAAGUUAUCGAAAGCUGCUCCUCCCUAGCCCAUCUGUUUGCGAAAAAAUAAUUCUUUGGUUUAUAUUUUUGCCAUAAAUUAGCUAGCAAUAAUGAAUCUGAUAAGCGGCAUAAAGUUGUACAUCGAGAAGAUGUGCUCCGAGUCGGGGCCGGGCAUGAAAAUCAUCCUGCUGGACAAGGAGACGACCAGUAUCAUUUCGAUGGCCUUUAGCCAGUCGGACAUGCUGCAGCGGGAGGUCUAUCUGUUCGAGCGCCUGGACUCGGGCAGGUCUAACGAGCGGUUAAAGUACCUCAAGUGCAUCGUCUUCAUCCGCCCCACCAAGCAGAACAUCCAGCUGCUGGCCAACGAGCUAAGGAAUCCCAAAUACAGCGCCUACUACAUAUAUUUCAGCAACAUCAUUCCCCGGACGGACGUCAAGUACUUGGCAGAGUGCGACGAAUCCGAGUCUGUGCGGGAGGUGAAGGAACUCUAUGCGGACUACCUGUGCGUCAAUCCCAAUUUGUUCUCCCUGAGUAUUCCUAACUGCAUGGCCAACCUGAAUUGGCUGCCGGAUGCCCUGACCCGCAGCAUGCAGGGCAUCACAGCAGUGCUGCUGUCCCUGAAGCUAAACCCAGUGAUCCGCUACCGAGCCGGUUCCCAGGCAGCCCAGCUCCUGGCCAAGCUGAUCUACGAGCAGAUCACCAAGGAGUCGUCUCUAUUCGACUUUCGUUCCAAUAUCGAUGGCUCCGCGCCACCUCUCCUGCUCGUGUUGGACCGCAGAGAUGACCCAGUAACGCCGCUGCUUCACCAGUGGACCUACCAGGCCAUGGUCCAUGAGCUGCUGCAUAUCAAGAACAAUCGAUUGGACCUGUCCAAUCGCCCCAACGUACCUAAGGACUUCAAGGAGCUGGUUUUAUCUGGGGAUCAGGAUGAGUUCUAUGGCAACAACAUGUACGCCAACUACGGUGAGAUUGGGUCUACCAUCAAGCAGUUGAUGGAGGAGUUCCAGCGCAAGGCCAACGACCACAAGAAGGUGGAGAGCAUAUCGGACAUGAAGAAUUUCAUCGAGUCGUAUCCGCAGUUUAAGAAAAUGUCGGGCACCGUGCAGAAGCAUUUGUGUGUGAUUGGUGAGCUUUCGGCGCUGAGCAACAAGAGGAAUCUUUUUGAGGUCUCUGAGCUGGAACAGGAGAUCGCCUGCAAGGCCGAGCACUCCGCGCAGCUGCAGCGCAUUAAGAAACUGAUUGCGGACGAGCGAGUUUCCAUCGAGGAUUCUCUCAAGUUGGUGGCCCUAUAUGCGUUGCGGUACGAGCGACAUGCCAAUUGCGACACAUCCGGACUGCUGCAGAUCAUCAAGUCGCGCGGCGGACAAGCUGCUGUGGUGCCCUCUCUGAUCGAGUAUGCUGGAACCCAUGUGCGCCAGGGAGAUCUGUUCAACAUGGUGCGGAUCACAGAUGCCGUUAAGUUGACCCGCAACCUGAUAAAGGGUCUUAAGGGAGUGGAGAAUGUGUUUACUCAGCACACCCCAUUACUGAAGGAGACCCUCGAGGAUGUGUUUAAGGGACGCGAAUUGGAUCCCCUCUUCCCGGCCAUAAAUUCGGAGCUCGUGCCAUUCCGACGACCACCGCAGGAGGUGGUGGUCUUCAUCAUUGGUGGAGCCACGUACGAGGAGGCCUUAGCCGUGCACCAGAUGAACAACGCAGGAUACAGGGUCAUCCUUGGCGGCACCACCAUCCACAACUCCCAGAGCUUUAUCCAAGAGGUCAUGGCCGCCACCAGUGGCAUCCAAUUUAAGCACACCAAAUCCAUGAUCAAGUACUGUUCCACGGAUAAUAUUUAAAACUAAUUCUGACUAGGCUGAAUUAUACUGUUAACUAUUUAUUAACUACAUAAGUAUGUGCAUUAUCCAUUUACUAAACAAAACUGUUUAAAAGUACCCGUAUUCCAUGCAUAACACCCAUUGAAAUCCAUUGGACUAUAUAACCUGUAAGCCUAUUCCAUGUAAUAUAUAUAUUUAUUAUUGUUCUCGAGGGUGUCUCCAGGCAACGCCUGAGACGAAGUGUAUUAUAUUCAACUAUAUGUGUAUAAAAAUA